AUGGCGACACCUGAAAUAGCCAUCGCCAAAGCCGCACUCGCAGCAUCCCUCUUUCGCGCCGACCCAGCAUCCAUCAGCCGGCCCUCAGUCGACUCCUUCUUUCAACAAGUCGCCUCAACGCUGACGCAGUGCUCCCGGCCCAAUGUCCAGGCUUGCAAAGACUACAUCCUCGGCAAUAUCGUCCACUCCAGUGGCCGAAGCUCGGCUCUUGCGAAAUAUCUCGUUGCCCUUUCAAACGCGCAAGUCGAUGACGCGGCACAUGCUCGUCCCAGCACAAAACGCCGUCGUCUACACGUUCUCUACAUUGUCAACGAUGUGCUGCACCAUGCCGCGCGCCUGGGGAAUCAGGACUUCCGUGCCGCCGUGGAGGCAUACCUCCCUCCACUGGUCAGCUCCGCCGCCUCAUUCGACAAAUGCCCGAAACACAUCAAGAAGAUACAAGACCUCAUCUCUCUAUGGAAAUCAAAACAAUACUCUGCCGAGGCCGUGAUUCCCAAACUCCAAGAAGCCCUCGCCGGGUCGUCCACCUUGGCGACCCCUCAGCCGGUCAAUCCAUCUCUCCAACUCGCCAAAGAGGCGCCCUUUACUCUGCCCUCAUUUCACGGCGACUCGUCGACGGCGUGGUACGAUUUGCCUGCAGCCACAUGGCUGCCUCACCUGGUAGCGAAUUCUACGAAACCCAUGCUCCCCGAUCUCAUCCGUCCAGUUCAACUCGCCCCCGGACCGGCAGAUAGAGCUAUCACCGCUGCAGUGAAAUCGCUGCUUGCCGACGCGGAGAGACUCUUCUCACGGGAUAGGAGACCAGACGACAACGCGCACGUGGACGUGAACGAAAUGGGUGAGAGGAUCAUCCUGGAUGAGAUGACGGGGGAGAAGGGAAAAGCGAAGGGGCCGGUCCGAGUCUCCAUCAUCAUCAGCACGCAGCUAUUCGCGCACCCGAAGGUCUUCAUCACGAUCCUUCAAACGCAGACGCACAUCACCUUCCAGAAGCCGCAGCCGUGGCCGCAGCCGCAGCCGCAGCCGCAGCAGAAGCUACACACCUCGAUCAGUCUCGCGAUCACGAACCCGCAGCCGCAGCCGCAGCCGCAGUCGCAGUCGCAGUCGCAGUCGCAGCCCCUAUCGCCGUUCUCCAAAACCAUCUCCUCAGCCACAGCAUGCAUCCCUUUCAACAGCCAUGCCCAAUAUCCCAUUCGAGAUGCCCAUCCCUCCCCCACCAGUAAGAUACACAGGACCUUGGCCGCCGCCGCCCCCUCCCCCUCCUCCACAAGGCUGGAUGCCGGAUCCUGCCCUCGCAGCCCAGAUGAUGAGCGUGUGGAACGGACAAAUUCCUCAGCUUCCCCCGCAAACCCAAGGACAAGGACAGCGCAACAACUAUAA